AGAUACGCGACCUGUACAAGGCGCCCAAGGAGCAGUAAAUUGGCCACGCGCGCCGCCGCCGCAGCUCCGCCGCUCCCUCUGACAUCUCCAUCACCUCCUCCUACUGUUACACCCUCGCUUCAGCUCAACAAUGCCCAAAAAGCGUUCUUCCUCCUCCUCGCCUGACGCUGAUGAGAAGAAAGUGAAGAAGAGAGCAUCUGCUGCGCCUCCGAAGCCGUGGACUGAGGCAGAGCGUGGGUCUGACGGAGGCGACGGCACGGCACACACUGACACGGCCUCGCAGAGAUGGAGGCCCUCAUCCUCGUCCUGGCCCACUCGGACGUCAAGACCGGCGCCGGCCUCUAUCGCACCAUGGGCGAGAAGCUUGGCCGCACGCCCAAGUCCAUCGAGGUGUGUACUGCACUGUCGUGUUCUAGGAUGCCUGGACUGACGCAGGCUCGGGUUUGCAGAACUGGUGGCUCGGCAAGAUCAAGAAGCAGAUCGAGCAGGCGCGCGGCGGCGAUAGCCAGCCGGCUAAGGAGGAGUAGAAGUGCCGGGCCAGGCUGCCGCCGCAGGCGGUGAUUGUGGGGCCUCCGCCGACGCCGACG